ACUAACUAUAACCGAGUGUUAAGUCUUUGUUGUCCAUCAUUAUCCCCGAUAGCUAAAACAAGUACUCACAGGGGUUUUCAUCAAUGUAACGUGAAUUGAUUGUAUUUUUUCAGUUUAAUGGUGUCGUAAAGCGUUCCUGUGUCACUUUGUGGAGAAACGAAACAAAUCGUGCCACGGGCAACUUCCGUUUUGCAGGUUGAGAUGCCGCGGCGACUUUGCCACAGCCGCCUCGAGUUUACGGCAGCUGCCUCCGCUGUUCGGGAGCGAUGCCUCGGCUUGGACCAGGAAAUGUCUCCGCGAGCCGCCUGUGCUGCGAGUUGCGCCAGCUCCUGCCGAGUUUGUGUCUGUUUUUAACGUGUGACCACAGAAGGGGUGACAUUUAGCUAUGGCCGAGCAUGCGCUGCUGUCAUCGGGGGGAAACGGGUGGAGAUCCCUGGCCUGUGCCAAGUCCGAGCUGCGGCUGGAUCUCACUCUCGCCUGCGGACAAUCCUUCCGCUGGAGGGAAACCGCUGCGGGCCACUGGACCGGAGUGAUGGGGGGACGAGUGUGGACUCUGACCCAGACGGACGAGGCUCUCUGGUACCACGUUUACAGGAGCUCGGGCGGAGGAGCAGGACAGGUGAGGUGCCGGAAGAGGAGCGAAGGUGUUCCCCUCCAUACGGGAGGGUUGUCAGGGAAGGGAUUCGCAGGAGCUGUGAAGAAGGAGGAGGAGGAGCCGGUGGCUGUGACCGAGGGGGACACCGAUGAGGAAGGACAGAUGCUGAGGGACUACUUCCAGCUGAGUGUCAGUCUCGGGGAUCUGUACCAGCAGUGGGCAGCAGCAGACCCCCACUUCGAGCACAUCGCAGGCUUCUUCCCAGGCGUGCGAAUGCUUCGCCAGGACCCCACCGAGUGUCUUUUCUCCCUCAUCUGCACCACCAACAACAACAUCCCGCGGAUCCACAACAUGGUGGACAGUUUGUGUCAGGCUCUGGGCGCCCCGCUCGUCCAACUGGACGGAACCUCGUACCACGACUUCCCCUCCCUGUCUGAGCUCGCCGACGGCGGCGUGGAGGCCCGUCUCAGAGAUCUGCGUUUCGGAUACAGGGCUCGGUUCCUUCAGCAGAGCGCGCAGAUCUUGGCCAAAAAAGAGCCCCGGUGGCUCGAGGGCCUCCGAACCACCGCGUACCCGCUGGCUCACGACGCCCUGCGCGAACUGCCCGGCGUGGGCCCCAAGGUGGCGAACUGCGUGUGCCUGAUGUCCCUGGACAAGGCCGAGGCCGUGCCCGUGGACACGCACGUGCGGCAGAUCGCCGAACGGGACUACGGAUACGCGGCCGGCAAAGCACGGAAGACCAUCACCGACAGACAGCAGUGGGAGCUCGGGGAUUUCUUCAGGAAGCUGUGGGGUCCUCGCGCCGGGUGGGCGCAGUCGGUGCUGUUCUGUGCCGACCUCAAGAGGUUCCAAGCGCUGAAGGAAGCGGACCUGAAGCGGCCGAAGAAAGAGGAGGAUGACGAGAUGGAGGUGUCGGUCGCUCACGAGGGCACGAAGACCGAGGAGGAAGGAAGUGGGAACGCGAAGAAAGGGAAGACGUCUGUCUGAGGGAGUGAUGUGAGGUGAACACGCUUCUCGUGUCAGGAGCUCACAUCCGAUUACAGUACUUCACUUAUUUCACAUAUUUGUAUUGGAAUGAAUGCAAACACUGUAUCUAUGAUGGUGGAAAACGCUUAAUGUAAUAAGAUUCUCAGGGUUUUUAUUUAGACGUGUUUACUCUUCUGUGUCUACUUUCCAAUGAGUUCACUACUUUAGUAAUAAUUCAGCACACUGAAAGUGUCCCUCUCACAUCGUCUCCAAAAGAGGCCCCCAGGUGGCAGUGUACAUCAAAAGGCAAAUAAUAGUAAAAAGAUCUGACUCAUAGUGGGAAAACGGACUCAUUUUUCUUUAAGUAUUAGAACACAAGACUCUACUGCCAGGCCCCGGCGGGCCCAACACGGCAGCCUCCCGAAAAGGUCACGAAAUGCUGCUUUGCGUUUCUUCUUCUUGGCGUUCCUCCCGAGGAGCUCGUCUGUCGCAUCGCACUAAGUCUGAGUCUACUGCCUGUGUCCACGGGCUCUUUUUAUAGCAGCGACUGCAGUUAUCCGCUGCCUCCGCUCGGGGGGCUUGUGUGACAACACAAGCGCCUCUGUAGGCCUCUUGACCUCUUACUCCCACAAGGGCGCUAUUUUUAGUUUGGUUUAAAAUUCGCUGCACAUUAAUGACAUCGCUGCUGCCCAGCUUUAAGAAGGCUAUUUUCUUGUUGUGUGCAGGUGCAUCAUGCGAGUAGUCGCUGAAUCUGUCUCUGUGUGUGUGUGUGUGUGUGUGUGUGUGUGUGUCCGACCAACCGACCAUGCGUGUCUUCCAUCCAUAGACGAUGUUUAUUUGUGGAAGUUUGUGCGGCCGUGCGUGUUUAAUGAACGCGUGAAUCAGCUCUCAUCUCGACAGAAGCACGGGGGCCCGGCUUCGGGGCGAAGAAGGGAAGAGCGGUAAAAAUAGAGCCGACGAAUAUUCGCCUUCUUUUUUUUUAGGGCCGGGAAGAGAGGAAAGUGAAGCCGGGGGUGGAGACGCGACUCUUGAAGAGAGAGAAAAGCCACGUGCGCGCGGCGUCGCGUCGUGUCAGAGUGUCCGCGCUCUCGUGGCCUCUGGAAUCAUUCGGCCGAAAGGACGUCUCUCGUCGUAUCUACUCUCGUCUCAGAGGGCGUCCGUUGCGCCCCGAGGGCUCCAGGGGGCGCCACUCACAGGAGCACCGGCACGAAGCCAGAGCCAGAAGGCCUCUGGUCGCUCUCCAGAUGCACUUUUAUUCCCUGUGAGUGACGGAAUGCGAGUCGGGGAGAGAUGUAGGGGACCCAAUUGUCCAGUCAUGUGCGUCUGUGUGGAAAAAAUGAGCUGCUCAAGGAUGAAUAACACAACCAGAUUAUUGUAGCUAUUUCGGGAUAAUCCAGUAAAUUAAACGCCCGAUAAAUCACCCCACUAUGCCCCAAUGAUAAAUGAAAAUUCAGUUUUUCCACAAAGCAGUUUUGUGAAGUAAAUACAUAGAGGACUAGAGCAAUAGACUAACAGUAAUCUAGCCACUUAUGUUAGCGCUAAUAAACCGUUUUGGGGGGAAAACAUUAUUAUGUCAUUGUUAUUUUCCAUUUAUUAAAAAUAAUUUGAUCCCGUU